AUGGCCAAGAUAGUUCAACAUAUUCAAGAAGAGAUAUCUUGUGAAUCUAGUAUGGAUAUUAGCAAAGUGGCAGAUAGGGAGAUUGAUGAUGAUGGAAGGUAUAAAAGAACUGGGACCGUGUGGACUGCAAGUUCACAUAUAAUUACAGCCAUAGUAGGAUCUGGAGUGCUGUCACUGGCCUGGGGGAUAGCACAGCUGGGAUGGAUCACCGGCGUUGCAACUCUUUUAAUUUUCUCAGCCAUAUCAUUAUACACAGCCGGUCUCUUAGCAGAUUGUUACAGGGCUCCAGAUUCUGGAAAGAGAAAUUACUCAUAUGGGGAGGCUGUAAAAUGUUACUUAGGUGGAAACAAGUACAAGGUCUGUGAGUUGGUCCAGUUUAUACUCCUGACUGGGAUGCUAGUAGGCUAUACCAUCACAACAUCAAUAAGCAUGGAGGCCAUACGCAGAUCGAAUUGUUUCCACAAAGAAGGCCAUGGAGCGCCAUGCAAGUUAUCCAAUAAUCAAUACAUGAUUGCAAUUGGAAUUGUUGAAAUUCUUUUGUCUCAAAUCCCAAACUUUCAUAAGCUAUCAUGGCUCUCCACCGUCGCUGCAAUCAUGUCUUUUUCGUAUUCAGGCAUUGGAAUGGGGCUGGCAUUUGUAAAGAUUGUUUCAGGGCAAGCAGAAAAGACCACUCUCACAGGAGUGGAAAUUGGGCUGGACUUAACUGCUGCAGAGAAAAUUUGGAGGAUGUUUAGAGCACUGGGGGACAUGACAUUUGCUUGCGCAUAUUCUCCUAUCCUGAUUGAAAUCCAAAACACAUUGAGGUCAUCACCGCCAGCAAACAAAGUUAUGAAGAAGGCUAACGUAAUAGCUACGUUUACAGCCACAACUUUGAACAUGGUAUGCGGCUGCCUUGGCUACGCCGCAUUAGGGAACCAUCAGCCGGGCAACAUGUUGACUGGCUUUGGAUUUUACGAGCCUUUUUGGUUGAUUGAUUUAGCCAAUUUCUUCAUUGUCGUGCACCUCAUGGGAGCAUAUCAGGUAGUGGCUCAACCAGUAUUCAGCUCGGUCGAGUCAAGGGCUAGCAUGAUGUGGCCUAAUUCAAAGUUCAUCGGCCACGAAUACCCUCUAAACAUCAGCAAGAUUAAGUCAAUGUUUAGCGUCAAUCUCUUCAGGUUAAGUUGGAGAACGAUAUUUGUGGUAAUGGCAACGGUAAUUUCCAUGGCAUUGCCGUUCUUCAAUGAAGUACUUGCACUUCUUGGAGCCAUUGGUUACUGGCCCUUGACAGUUUAUUUCCCUGUGGAGAUGUACAUUGUGAGAAAAAAUUUUAAAAGAGGAAGUAUCAAAUGGUUGAGUCUCCAGCUUCUGAACGUUGUGUGCUUGCUGGCUGCCAUGGCCGCAUUAUGUGGCUCCAUUCAAGGCUUGAACCAGGCUGUCCAUACCUACAAGCCCUUCAAGUUCCAUUAA